GUUUAUUCAAAGGAGGUGUUGUUACAGCUUUGCGGGAAACAGGAUAUUUGAAUUCAUUGAGUGGAAAUGGGUCGCCGAAAGUCGAAGCGAAAGCCCCCUCCCAAAAAGAAGCUGACUGGAAACUUGGACACCCAGUUUACCUGUCCGUUCUGUAACCACGAGAAAUCAUGUGACGUCAAAAUGGAACGGAGUCGAAAUACAGGAAUAAUAUCAUGUACUGUUUGCCUUGAGGAAUUCCAGACACCUAUAACUUAUCUGUCAGAGCCAGUGGAUGUGUACAGUGACUGGAUUGAUGCUUGUGAAGCGGCCAAUCAGUAGUCCAUUUUGGGGUCACGGGGCCCGAGAGGAGGAGCCAUCAGAGCAACUAACCUGGGGCCCCUGCAUUGGCCUGUUUCUUUUACUUCUCUAUUCACUUGUCAGUUGUCAAGUCUGGAUCUCCUAGCUCAAUCCCAGGGUGCACUGGGGGAGUGACUGGACCAUGGUGAUAAAUCUUGAUGAUAAACCAGCCGUGUUGGGUAUUACACUGUGCAAAAAAGGCUGUUGUUAAGAACAUUGGGAAGGAAGUGGUGUAUUUGACAGCAUAUAUUGAUCAAAGUGGGGUUUUUUUGGACAUGUAGUCUUUUAAUUUGAAGGAAUAUGUUACAGUUUUUUUUAUUUGUGCCAUGAUUUGACCAUUAAAUAACAAGUAGCAUA